AUGUUACGAAGUUGUUAUAUUUUCGUUCUAUUUUGUUUCUUUACUAUUAAUAUUCUAAUAAUCGAGAGUCGAUCGAUUUCUGAUGAUACUAUUGAAACUAUUCUAAGUGAUCCAUUAAAUGAUAAUCAUCGAAAAUUAUUACAUACUUUUACUAGUUAUCGUCAUCGUUUUGAACAAUCUGCUAAUUUCAAAGCACUUCGAUGGACAUUAGGAAGUCAAAAAACUUCUGGAUUAUGUGAUCUUUGUGAUUUAGGCGUACCUGUAAUUCGGUUACUUCUUGAACUUAAUCAAACAAGUCUUAUUGACGAAGUAGUUAACACUUUUUGUAGAGAAUAUAUAUUACUUGAUGAAAAUGUUUGUCGUGGUGCUGCUUAUGAAUAUCUGGGUGCAGUAUUUCAAGUUAUUGAAUUAACUUCUUUUACUAAUAAACAACUUUGUGCAUUAGCAUUUGAAUGUCAACCACAAAGAGAUUUUCCUAUUUUCAAUUGGAAUGUAACAUUUCCUGAUAAACCAAAACCAACACCUCAACCACCACAACCUCCAUCACCAGAUUCACCAAAAUUGAAUAUUCUUCAUUUGUCUGAUCUACAUGUUGAUUUUUCCUAUAAACCAGGAUCACAAGCUGAUUGUUCCCAACCUUUAUGUUGCAGAGAAGGUCAACCAGUUCCUAGUCAUAAAGGUGCUGGAUUUUGGGGUGAUUAUCGAAAUUGUGAUGUUCCUUUUUGGACAGCUGAAGCACUAUUAAAAUAUGCUGCUGAGAUUGAAAAAGUAGAUUUUAUUUAUUAUACAGGUGAUUUACCAGCUCAUAAUGUUUGGAAUCAAUCUCGUACUGAUCAACUCUAUUCCAUUAAUACUAUCAAUAAUAUGUUAGCAACUAUUUUUCCAAAUAAAACAUUUUAUUCAGCUGUUGGUAAUCAUGAAGCUGCUCCAUGUAAUUUAUAUCCAACACCAAAUAUUCGAACGGAUAAUAUAUCUUGGUUAUAUGAAACAUUAGCUGAUAAUUGGAUAAAAUUAGGUUUAUCAAAUGAUACACGUGAUAGUAUUUUACAUGGAGCUUUUUAUACAACAUUAAUACGACCUGGUUUACGAUUAAUUUCACUUAAUAUGAAUUAUUGUACAUCAGAUAACUUUUGGUUAAUUAUUAAUGCAACUGAUCCACUUGGUCAACUUCAAUGGUUAAUUCAAUGGUUACAAUAUGCUGAAGAUCAUGAAGAAAAAGUACAUCUUAUUGGACAUCAACCUCCUCGUUCUUGUUUUGCAGUAUUUAGUUGGAAUUUUAAUAAAAUUAUUAAUCGAUAUGAAAAUACAAUUGCUGGUCAAUUUUAUGGUCAUGCCCAUUCAGAAGAACUAAUGAUUUUCUAUGAUGAAAUUAACAGACAACGACCUGUUUCAAUGGCUUAUAUUGGGCCAUCAGUAACAACUUAUUCAUAUUUAAAUCCAGGUUAUCGUGUAUAUACAAUUGAUGGUGAUUAUCAAGGAAGUUCAUUUUGGACACUUGAUUAUCAUACAGUUAUAAUGAAUUUAACUGCAUCGAAUAUGUAUAAUCAAACUAUAUUUCUUAAAGAAUAUGAUGCUCGUGAUGCAUAUCAAAUGGAAAAUUUAUUUCCUAAUGAUUGGAAUAAUCUUAUUCAACGAUUAGAAAAUGAUAUUGAUGGUCCAUUAAUGGGUACAGUUUAUCAACAUUAUACAAAAUCAUAUGAAGAUGGAAGUCGAUGUGAUCAUAACUGUCGUCGAGGGCUUAUAUGUGAUUUUAAAAGUGCUCGUUCAGAAGAUCCUCAUGCGUGUGAUUCAAUUCCACCAUUUAAUUAA